GGCUCACGCCAAACAUUUGACUUCCGCUUACAGCGUCAAAACUGAAAGGCAGGUUCGCGCAAAGCGGCAGCGGAGCAGCAGAGGGCAUGGUGUUCGGGCGGAGCAAGUCGUCCACGUCGACGACGCCGUCCGCCCCCUCAAAGGCGGCGGCGGCGUGCUCGGAGAUGCGGGCGGCGUACCACGAGUGCUUCAAUCGGUGGUACGCCGACAAGUUCGCCAAGGGGCAGUGGCAGAGGGACGACUGCACCGACCACUGGCACAAGUACCGCGCCUGCCUCGAGGAACAUCUGGAAGACAAGCACCUGAGGCAAAUCCUACUGGACGCAGAAACUUCUACGUUUUAUGACAGGCCUGAGACUGAUCCUCCCUCAGGUCAGGGAGCUAAAAAGUGAAAGUAUCGCUAACCACGUGCCAUUCUUUAUUGCACCCAAUCAGAAUAUAGAGAACCUUGGUAGACGAAAUAGAAUCCCUAGUAUCUGGACACUUGUGAGGUCCUGGAUCAUUUAACACUUGAGAAGUCGAGCUGGCAUUUGCAGACGAAAAAAUUCCAGGGUGAGAAUGGGGUGCCUUGCUUACUAGCUGGAAACCCUUGAAGAAUUAAGAAUACAAUCUGCUGUGUAGCCGAUCAUGUUGAAGAAUGGUGUGUUUCAUUGAUGACUUUGUGUUCAUAGAAGUUGUUGUGUCAUGGGAUUUCAGAGAUAGUAUUGUUUUCAAGACUUCUCUUUCCAAUGAUGUUGUUAAGAGUUCAUGGGUCGUGACAGUGACAUGGUCACUCACCCUACGUUGAGUGCAUAGCAGGACAGUGCGCUGCGGUUGGUGUAGCAGCAGCUACAGGGAGAUCAACAAAUUGAUGGAAUUCUUUUCCAUCCUUGUAUCUCUUUUGAGUCCGGUGAGUGCGGCAAACAUCUCGAGUUGUAAGCCCCUUGUACCUUCUAAUUUUUUAGAGGCCUUGUACCAUGGUUAAAUUUUCCAUAUUUUAGGGAAAAAAAGGUUUGUCCUGGGUAGCCCAACUUCCUCACCAACAAUAUUGUCUCAAACAUGUGUACUUGUGCUUGUCCAGGUACAAUGAGAACUCUUUUGCUGGUUCCAAUU